AUGUGCACCGCAUUUCGCACGUGCAAAGAAGAAUUCACCUGUAAUGACGAUGGGUACUUCACAUUCAGCAGUACAGAACAAAUAUCAGCAUUCGUUGCGUGUUUUCAGAAACGUGUUGAGGAUUUGGUCAAUGAACAGCGUUUAUCGUGUGGGUUUAUUGAGCAGGGAAACCCGUCGGCUCCAGUGCUGAAUCGUAGCUUACAUGUUGACUACAUCACGAAAAGUCUGCGGGAGGUCGGUUGCGGAUACAGUGGAUUGGACGCGAGUCGAACCUGGAUGUGCUACUGGGGACUGCACAGUCUGAACAUUCUGGGCGCCCCUCCUUCGCACUUUCAAAAAGCCGAAAUCCUAGCAUUUCUGAAGACGUGUCAGCAUCCGGACGGAGGCUUUGGAGGUGGACCUGGUCAGUAUGCGCACUUAGCUCCUACGUAUGCAAGCGUCAUGGCCUUGGCUUCUCUGCAAAUGGAGGAUGCUCUUUCAGCAAUCGAUCUGUUCGUAAACAUUCAAUCGUUCUACAAUUACACAUACCAAUCGCUCUCCCGUUUCCUCCAUCGAAUGAAGCAGCCGGACGGUUCGUUCACGAUGCACGGCGGUGGCGAGGCUGAUAUCCGGGGGACGUACUGCGCUCUUGCUGUGGCUGCGCUCUGUGGCCUACUGAGCGAUGACCUCAAAAACGGAGUUGCAGAGUGGAUCAUUAGGUGUCAGACGUAUGAAGGAGGAUUUGGUGGCGAACCAUUUGCUGAAGCUCAUGGUGGCUACGCUUACUGUGGUGUUGCUUCGCUUGUGAUUCUUGACAGGUACCGCUUGGCUGAUUCGGAAUCGUUUUUGCACUGGCUAGUGAAGCGACAGAUGCGCUUCGAAGGCGGUUUUCAAGGACGUACGAAUAAGUUGGUGGAUGGAUGUUACAGUUUCUGGCAAGCGGCAAAUUUUCCACUUGUGGAUGGCGAAAUGGCGAGAGAGGGUCGUUUGCCAACUGAUGGAUUAUUUGACGCCAGAAUGUUAGAAGAAUAUAUUCUAACAUGUUGUCAGGACGAAAGUGGUGGAAUGCGUGAUAAACCUGGCAAAUCUCGAGAUUUGUACCACACAUGUUACGUUCUCAGUGGUUUGGCUAUCGCUCAGAUGUAUUCAGCAUCGCGUGAACCCGAUGGGAUCUUUGGAGGAAGUCAAAAUAACGUUGACUCGAUCAAUCCUGUGUUCAAUCUGACUACCCUUAGCGAACAAUUUGCAAUCAGCUUCUUCAGUGAACGCAGUCGUUGA